AGACUCCCAAGGUGCAUGUGGCCAUGCCGUGCGGGGAGGAAAACCAGCUAUGGGCUGCCGACCCCCAACCCCCGGCCCUCAAGAGCUACACCGUCUCAUUCAGUCGUCCGGUAAAAAGGUCAAAACCAACAACUGCUGUGGACCCAGAAGAACCUGUAGCUCCUCGGGGCCCGGAGUAAUGAAUGCUCAACGGCUGCAGAGGCAGCGGCUGCAUGCGCUUGUAGACAGCGGCGGCUGAUGGGGGCAGAUCGAUGGGCGCUGGGGGCCCGUAGCGCGAGCAUGAUGAGGAACACGACAGGUGCAUGUACAGCCCGCGGCCCGCGAGCGCUGCUGCAUGCGCGCGUGACCCCGGAGAGCGAGGGGACGAGGGUGGAGCAGCAUGCUGCAUGUUUUCUGCCAUUAGUAGAUGGAUGCUAAUCUGCGUGCGUGCAGCCCCGCCUGUAGGAUUAGCAGGUUAUGGAUUAGCAGCAGGUGAACUUGCGGAGCAGACACGGUGGGGAUUAUCGUGCUCGCUCACUUGGCCGCCCCCCCCCUCCUCCUAAGAGGCUUUCCCCACCGCGGGUGCAAAGGGAUCCGUGGGGGGGGAACGCCCGGCGUCAGGUCGGCCCGGGUCCACAAACAGGCCGUAGAGGUCAGACUGGAGGAGCACGGCGGCCACGGGACGGAGCAGUAGCACUGGCAGAGGCCAAUGAGGGGAAAGACUUUCAUGAAUGUGUGUGCAUUAACUCAAUUAAAACUACUGAUAUAAGUGACGUAUUUGCGCUUCAGUGUUUAGCUCAAGAACUCUUUGGAGGAUUAUGCAGGUAGGAGGAUUAAAACCUGAGACCUUGUUCCAAAGAAGUAAUGACUCCAAAAACGUUGCCUCCGUGUUUUCAAAACAAGGAAACAGACAUAAAAAACUCUAUCAUUCUAUUAUCUGCUACUCAAGUGCAGUUGUUAUAAAAUAUUUUGACAGCUUUUCAUAUAAUAAAGAGUGAGAGAACAUGAGGCUGAGAGCAUAGUAAUUAUUAUUAUUAUUAUGUAAUUAUCAGCUGUUCCCUUUCUGGCUCCAUCCAUGUCUGAGCGGAGUGUUUGAGAGAUAUUACCAACGUGACUGGAUGAAUCUACAUUGGUGUCAUUUAAGACAACGACGGAUGUCCUGCUAAUUGACACAGGCCUCGUGGAAGCGGUCGACAUCGGAGCCGUUCUGUGAGCGAAGGCCGGGCCAGCGUCUGGUGAAAUAUGCUCUGCCAUACUGGAAAACGUAGAUGAAUUAUGCAGCCCGUCCCGAUCUAUUAUUCAGUGGCCUCGCCUGCUUUUUAACAGUGGAGGUUUUGGCGCCGGGCCAGGGCAUCCCGAGUUCAACCCCAAAGCACAAGCGCACGCUCGCGAUUUUAAAGUGACAUCUUCCUCAGAUGAUGGAUUUAAUGCUGCGCUGCCUUUGUGAUGCAUCCAACCGCGCAGGUCGUCAUAGUAGGGCGAUGAUGAAAGGGGUAUUCAUUUCUACAGCCCUGGUAACCGGAGACGAGGUCUGGGCCUUAUUAAGCCACAUCAGACUAGUCGCGUCGCGUCUCGGCUACAGGUUAUCAGACCUGUGGUACGUGUCCGGCCGGCCCGGGCGCUUCACGUGUAAUUGACCUGGCCGCGCUCAAGCUAACGGUUUCGCGCUGACUCAUCACCGCCGGCGAUGAGUUACGGAGGCGACUACGCCUCGACUCCACCGAGGCAUUGAUCCCCUCCGAAGUGAAUCAGAGUGGAAGUGGGCUGCUGAGAGAGCCGUUAUUGAUCAGCUGGGAAAGGUAGGGUCUGCAAAUAGCUGCACCAGCAGAGAAGGGCGGAAAAGCAGAUAUUACAUCUAAACAGGGAGCGCGUGUUCCUUAGUAACGCGGAACGAGAUGAGAUUAUCUCAUAACUAGGAGGAAGCGAGCUUCUUUACCUUUAACCUCCCGCCAUCUUGAAUCCUUUUCUCCCUCUAUCUUGAGCGUGCGCAGCCUUGUUUGCACAGUGCUGAGCUGAGAUUGUGACUUACAGCUCUGCUGGGAGGUAACAGCCUGCCCAGAGAUCUAGAGAUGAGAGAUACGGGGCUCAUGAUCCUCCCGUCCGGGCAGACUUUGACCCCUGCUCCCUGCGCAGGCAGAGCGCGGGCCAGGCCGGGUACGGCGCUAAUGCCAGAUGAUUCCUGGAUCACGGCGACGGUUGUGAACUGAGAGUUUACUCGACCUGCUUGCUCGUCCACCGGGUACCGCAAGGCAGAUGAUGAGAUGUCCGGGACCACUUCCCAGGCGGAACCCGUAGACGCCACGGCGCGGACGGUGCUGCUCAAUCGGCAACAGAGCACCAAGUUCUGCGACAACCACGUCAGCACCACUAAGUAUGGGAUUCUCACCUUUCUGCCCCGGUUCCUCUACGAGCAGAUCAGGCGGGCUGCCAACGCCUUCUUCCUGUUCAUCGCCCUCAUGCAGCAAAUCCCUGAUGUAUCGCCCACCGGUCGCUACACCACGCUGGUCCCACUCAUCUUCAUCCUCACCGUAGCCGGGAUCAAGGAGAUCAUAGAGGACUAUAAACGACACAAAGCAGACAACACGGUCAACAAGAAGAAGACAACAGUGCUGCGGAACGGAGCCUGGCAGACGAUCAUCUGGAAACAGGUGGCAGUAGGCGACAUAGUGAAGGUGACCAAUGGCCAACACCUUCCAGCUGACAUGGUUAUAGUGUCCUCCAGUGAACCUCAGGCCAUGUGUUACACCGAGACCUCCAACCUGGAUGGAGAGACCAACCUGAAGAUCAGACAGGGUCUGUCUCUUACAGCCAGUUUCCAGACUCUUGAUGAUUUGAUGGCGCUGUCUGGUUGUUUGGAGUGUGAAGGUCCCAACAAUCACCUGUAUGACUUCACUGGCACGCUGCGACUGGAGAACCAGAAUCCAGCCCCUCUAGGUCCAGACCAGGUGUUGCUGCGUGGCGCCCAGAUCAGGAACACCCAGUGGGUUGUGGGAAUCGUUGUCUACACCGGCCAUGACUCCAAACUGAUGCAGAAUUCCACCAAGGCGCCGCUGAAGCGCUCCAAUGUGGAGCGGGUGACCAACAUGCAGAUCCUGGUCCUGUUCGGCAUCCUGCUGGUCAUGGCUCUGGUCAGCUCUGUCGGCGCGGCCAUCUGGAAUAAGGAACACACUGAAGAUGCCUGUUGGUACCUGUCCCGAGCUGGUGACAUCUCCACUAACUUUGCAUACAACCUGCUGACGUUCAUCAUCCUGUACAACAACCUGAUCCCCAUCAGCCUGCUGGUCACUCUGGAGGUGGUCAAAUUCACACAGGCCCUGUUCAUCAACUGGGAUGUGGAGAUGUACUACUCUGAGACGGACACGCCGGCCAUGGCUCGAACGUCUAACCUCAACGAGGAACUAGGCCAGGUGAAAUAUCUCUUUUCCGACAAGACGGGAACGCUGACUUGUAACGUAAUGCACUUUAAGAAGUGUACCAUUGCUGGAAUCACCUAUGGCCAUUUCCCUGAUCUUGACUGUGAUCGCUCGAUGGAGGACUUCAGCAACCUUCCGUCCAACAGCCACAACUCCACAGAGUUCGAUGACCCGACUCUGAUCCAAAACAUUGAGAAGAACCAUCCCACAUCGCCUCACAUCUGUGAGUUCCUCACAAUGAUGGCAGUGUGCCACACGGUGGUCCCCGAGAGGGAGGACGACCAGAUCAUCUACCAGGCCUCGUCCCCGGAUGAGGGGGCGCUGGUCAAAGGGGCCAAAGGCCUCGGCUUUGUCUUCACCGCCCGGACGCCACAUUCAGUCAUCAUCGAUGCAAGAGGAAAAGAGAUGAGCUAUGAGCUGCUGAACGUACUGGAGUUUUCCAGUAACCGCAAGCGCAUGUCUGUGGUGGUCAGGACGCCCAACGGGAAGCUGCGGCUGUACUGCAAAGGAGCUGACAACGUUAUUUUCGAGCGUCUCACCGAGGCGUCGCAGUACAAAGAUUUAACCAUUGCUCACCUGGAACAGUUUGCUACUGAAGGACUAAGGACUCUGUGUUUUGCCUAUGUGGACCUGGAGGAGGAGGCCUACCAGGAAUGGCUGAAGGAAUACAAUCGGGUCAGCACCGUACUCAAAGACCGUGCUCAAAAGCUGGAGGAGUGUUAUGAGCAGCUGGAAAAGAACCUGAUGCUGCUGGGGGCCACGGCCAUAGAGGACCGUCUCCAGGCCGGCGUGCCCGAGACCAUCGCCACGCUGAUGAGGGCCGACAUCAAGAUCUGGGUCCUCACUGGGGACAAGCAGGAAACGGCCAUCAACAUAGGUUACUCCUGUCGCCUGGUGACACACGGCAUGUCUCUGGUCGUCGUCAACGAGGACUCUCUGGACGCCACACGUGCCACGUUGACGGCCCACUGCUCGUCCCUCGGCGACUCCCUGAGGAAGGAGAACGAGCUGGCGCUGAUCAUCGAUGGCCAGACGCUGAAAUACGCCCUGUCCUUCGAGCUCCGGCAGGCCUUCCUCGACUUGGCCCUGUCCUGCAAGGCCGUCAUCUGCUGCCGAGUGUCUCCGCUGCAGAAGUCUGAGAUUGUGGACAUGGUGAAGAAGCACGUGAAGGCCAUCACGCUGGCCAUAGGCGACGGCGCCAACGACGUGGGCAUGAUCCAGACGGCCCAUGUCGGCGUGGGGAUCAGCGGCAACGAGGGCAUGCAGGCCACCAACUCCUCCGACUACUCCAUAGCUCAGUUCUCCUACUUAGAGAAGCUCCUUCUGGUCCACGGGGCGUGGAGCUACAACCGCGUCACCAAGUGCAUCCUCUACUGUUUCUACAAGAACGUGGUCCUCUACAUCAUAGAGCUCUGGUUCGCCUUUGUGAACGGCUUUUCUGGACAGAUCCUCUUUGAGCGCUGGUGUAUAGGACUCUACAACGUGAUAUUCACUGCGCUGCCUCCCUUCACUCUGGGGAUAUUCGACCGGCCGUGCAGCCAGCAGAACAUGCUCAGAUUCCCGCAGCUCUACAGAAUCACCCAGAAUGCCGAGGGCUUCAACACCAAGGUAUUCUGGGGACACUGCAUCAACGCCCUGAUUCAUUCAAUUAUUCUCUUUUGGUUUCCGCUCAAAAUUCUGGAGCACGACUCUCCGUUCAGUAACGGCCAGGGAAAUGACUACUUGUUUGUGGGGAACAUGGUCUACACAUAUGUGGUUGUUACCGUGUGUCUGAAAGCUGGAAUGGAGACCACCGCUUGGACCAGGUUUUCCCACCUGGCGGUGUGGGGAAGCAUGGCGCUGUGGAUGGUCUUCUUUGCCGUCUACUCGGCCAUUUGGCCCACCAUCCCCAUCGCCCCCGACAUGCUGGGCCAGGCUGGCAGGGUGAUGCAGUGCUGGCACUUCUGGCUGGGCCUGGUCCUGGUGCCUACUGCCUGUUUACUCAAAGACUUUGCCUGGACCGCCACCCGCCGCACCGUGAGGAAGACUCUCCUGGAGGAGGUGCAGGAGCUGGAGGCGCGGGCCGUGGACCCGGGGGCAGCUGUGCUGCGGGACGCCAGUGGCCGCAGUCUAAACGAACGGGCCCAUCUGCUGACAAGAGUCUUUAGGAAAACGCCUUCAAGUGUUGGACGCUCGAACUCGGUGCAGCAGACUGUGACACAUGGCUAUGCCUUUUCCCAGGAGGAGCACGGCGUGGUGUCCCAGUCCGAGGUGGUGCGCUCCUACGACACCACCCGCCAGCGCCCCAGCCUCUAGCCCCGCCCCCCACCCCUCCGCCCCCGACCACGGCUUCCGCCCGCCGUAGCAACCGCUUCCGACGCGACCGCGGAGACAGACUCACGUGACACCCUCGCGCCGGGGGGGACCGCCCCCCGCUGUGGCCUUACUGCAACCAAGACCGGACCCCCUCGCCGCCGGUGGGGGGGGGGUCACGGUGAGGCGUGGAGGCCGUCGCCGGGACGCCUGACUGAAAGGGACCGGGGGCCCGGAUUUGCGGAAUUAACAAUUGUCAUAAUUCACGCGAAAGCUGCACAGGCAUGAGCAAAUCAUAUGCACACACAGCGGCGACGAGUCGAACUCAGAGACUGCUCCUCAUACUCUACCUGUGUAACCCCCCCAGACUGGGUUCGGGCCGGGCUGCUGUGUGGUUCUGUGUAUAUGUGUGCGUGCGUACCUGCCCGUGCAUGUAUCUCUGCGCGCUCCUGUGCUUGUGUGCAUGUAUGUCGGUCCACGUCUGUGUGUGUGUGUGUGUGUGUGUGCGUGCGUGUUCCCUCGCACCUCGCUGUCCUGAGGUGGAUUCAACUCAUCGGUCAUCACGUGCCCAUGUAGGAGGGGACAUCAAAACACUGGUACUAAUGAAUUCCAUAUAAAAAGGGGGGGGCUCAGACCAAGGACUUCACCCCACGCUAGAGGCGCCUCACUCACCGCUUCCAGCGGCCGAGCGAGGCAGCAUGCCCGCCCCUCCUGCUCCCACCCCCCUGGGACCCCCUCCACCCACUACCUCUGUCACCCGGCUGCUCUGCUCCAUCCACAUCUCCUCUUCCUCCUCUUCCUCCUCUGACCCCCCCUGCAUCGUCAGCUGAUGCAGAAGCUGCAACCCGUCACUUCUGUUGGUCUUCACUAGACUGUUUUAUUUUUUUUUUUAUGAUCGACGUGUACAUUAAUGUGUAUGUGCUUAUAUUAUUAUUAUUAUUAUUUUAUUUUUUCAUUAAUGCCUGUUUUUGUACUCAUAACGUCUUAGAGGGAACAUUUUACUUGAACUAGCACUGUUAGGCAUCCAAAACAGGAGGGGUCUCAUAGAGACGCUCGCUUGGAUCAUGUGUUUUUCUGAGUCUGGGAUGUCGUCUGAAUGUAGGGUCCAUUGUUUGUGUUCUCUGCGUUGAGGACACUCUGGCUCAGGAAUGCAAGACUGAUUGGUUGGGAGAGGGGGGUUGUCCAUCUGGGUCCUAAUCAUUAAAUCGAAUCAAUCCCUG